GCCGGCGCCCCGGGAGCUGUCAGCGUGAACGGCGGCGGCGGCAGAGGCGGCGGCGGAGGCGGCGGGGGCAUAGGGCCAGUGGUGGAGCCGCCAAGGAGGGUCACGCAGCACAAUGCCAGCUCUGCCCCUGGACGAACUCCAGAUCACCCACAAGGACCCGAAGACAGGAAAGCUGAGGACUUCACCAGCGCUGCACCCCGAGCAGAAGGCAGACCGGUAUUUUGUGUUAUACAAACCGCCCCCUAAAGACAACAUUCCCGCCCUAGUGGAGGAGUACCUGGAACGCGCCACCUUCGUAGCCAAUGACCUCGACUGGCUCCUGGCCUUGCCUCACGAUAAAUUCUGGUGCCAGGUUAUCUUCGACGAGACCCUGCAGAAGUGCCUGGACUCCUACCUGCGCUAUGUCCCCCGAAAAUUCGACGAGUGGGUGGCCCCAGCCCCUGAGGUUGUUGACAUGCAGAAGCGCCUCCAUCGAAGUGUUUUUCUCACUUUCCUUCGCAUGUCCACUCACAAGGAAUCCAAAGAUCACUUCAUUUCCCCCUCUGCCUUUGGAGAAAUCCUCUAUAAUAACUUCCUGUUUGACAUCCCAAAGAUCCUGGACCUCUGUGUGCUCUUCGGAAAAGGCAACUCGCUGCUGCUCCAGAAGAUGAUCGGAAACAUCUUUAUCCAGCAGCCAAGUUACUAUAAUGACCUGGAUGAAACCGUACCCACCAUCCUUCAGGUCUUCAGCAAUAUCCUCCAGCACUGUGGUCUGCAGGGGGAUGGGGCCUGCACCAAACCCCAGAAGCUUGAGGAGAGGGGCCUCCUGACCCCCAGCGACAUGCCUCUCCAGGAAUUGAAGGACAUUGUUCUCUACCUUUGCGAUGCCUGCACUACACUCUGGGCCUUUCUGGAUAUCUUCCCUUUGGCUUGCCACACUUUCCAGAAACACGACUUCUGUUACAGACUAGCUUCCUUCUAUGAAAUGGCAAUCCCUGAGCUAGAGUCUGCAAUUAAGAAGAGGAGGCUUGAAGAUAGCAGGCUGCUAGGUGACCUGUGGCAGAGGCUUUCUCAUUCCAGGAAGAAGCUAGUGGAGAUUUUUCACAUCCUCAUGAACCAGAUCUGCCUCCUCCCCAUCCUAGAAAGCAGCUGUGACAACAUUCAGGGCUUCAUUGAAGAGUUCCUUCAGAUCUUCAGCUCCUUGCUACAGGAGAAGAGGUUCCUCCGGGACUACGAUGCUCUCUUCCCCGUGGCCGAUGAUGUCAGCUUGCUGCAGCAGGCUUCGUCGGUCUUGGACGAGAUGCGGAGUGCCUACAUCCUCCAGGCCGUUGAGAGUGCUUGGGAAGGGGUGGACAGACAGAAAGCCACGGGUGCUAAAGAUCCACCGGUGGCCAAGGGCCCCAACAGGGUUGCAGUGACAGGAGAGCUGGGCGGUCAGUCAUCAUCAUGUCUGGAGAACCUGGAGGAAGAGGAGUGCAUGGGGGCAGCUGCUGCUGCAGGCCCCCCUGUGUGUGGCGUGGAGCUGGACUCACUCAUUUCCCAAGUGAAAGACCUGCUGCCGGACCUUGGGGAGGGCUUCAUCCUGGCCUGCCUGGAGCACUACAGCUACGAUCCGGAGCAGGUGAUCAACAACAUCCUGGAGGAGCGGCUGGCCCCGGCCCUCAGCCAGCUGGACCGCAGCCUGGCCAGACAGGUGAAGCCAGACCCGACGCCCCUGCUGACAUCUCGUCACAACGUCUUCCAGGAUGAUGAGUUCGACGUGUUCAGCAGGGACACAGUAGACCUGAGCCGGGUGCACAAGGGCAGGAGGAAGGGAGAGAACACGCGGAGCCUGCUGAACGACAAGCGGGAGUUAGAGGCGCAGCGGCAACGCUACGAGCAGUACAGCGUGGUGGUGGAGGAGGUGCCGCUGCAGCCUGGCGAGGGUCUGCCCUACCGUGGCGAUGACUAUGAGGAUGAGUACGAUGACACAUACGAUGGCAACCAAGUGGGCGCCAACGAUGCCGACUCUGAUGACGAGCUCAUCAGCCGCAGGCCCUUCACCAUCCCUCAGGUGCUGAGAACCAAAGUGCCCAGAGAAGGGCAGGAGGAUGAGGAGUAUGAGGCCGAGGAGGAGGCUGCAGAGGAGGCUCCCAAGCCUGACCAUUUCGUGCAGGACCCUGCGGUGCUGAGAGAGAAGGCAGAAGCCAGGCGCAUGGCCUUCCUUGCCAGAAGGGGAUACCGACAUGACAGCUCAGCAGCAGUGGCCGGCAACCCUCGGGGCCAUGGGCAGAACCGUGAGACCACCCAGGAACGCAGGAAGAAGGAAGCCAACAAGGCGACAAGAGCCAACCACAACCGAAGAACCAUGGCCGACCGCAAGAGGAGCAAAGGCAUGAUCCCGUCCUGAGGCCGUCGGCACCAGGGCCAGCAGGGAGGUGGCGGCUGGACCGCCAGGCUGGGUUACCAUAGCCCAGGGCCUCCUCACCAUUGGCCCCUGCCAGGGCCCCAAGUUCAGCUCAACCCCUCAACAGCCUCAGCUUUGCAGCCCCUAAGAAGGCCGCCUCGUUGUCCACCACCAGCCAGCCAUGAGCGCCUUCUUGCCGAACACACAGUGCCUUAUCCCACAGCAGAGGACUCCACAGGGCCAGCAAGCAGGCACCUUCCCCCAGCUGUGCUGGUGGGAAAGGGAUGGGAAUGGAGCCCCCAGGGAAGCCCCCCAAACCUCGAGCAGCAAGACACCACAUCCCUUUUUCCCUGGAUGGCAGGAAACCCGUAAAUUAAAAAAAAAAAAGGAAAAAAAGAAAAA